GUAUCGGAGGCUUGUCCAUUAUUGCAGCAUUGAUUGGUCAAAAUGUUCCCUCAACGUAUAGGAAGAUGGAUGCUUGCCAGGGCGCUCUGCCAGAAGACUGGUAUCCGUUCUCAGAGCACAGCUCCUGCCGCGGUACUGGACAAUACCAUGCAAGAAGUGAUGGAUUCCAUUCACGAGGCAGGGACAUUUAAACCAGAGAGAGUGAUCACCACCAGGCAAGCUGCUGACAUCAAAGUUGCUGGAAUGUCAAAGAAUAUUCUCAACUUUUGUGCAAACAACUAUCUAGGGCUCUCUAGCCACCCUGAGGUAAUUGAUGCUGCUAAACAAGCCUUAGAUGAGUACGGUGCUGGACUUAGCUCAGCCAGGUUUAUAUGUGGAACACAGGACAUACAUAAAGAUUUGGAAGAGAAGAUUGCUCUCUUUCACGGCCGUGAGGACUCCAUCUUGUAUGCCAGCUGCUUCGACGCUAACGCUGGUUUAUUUGAGGCCAUGCUGACACCAGAGGACGCUGUUCUCUCCGACGAACUCAACCAUGCGUCGAUCAUUGAUGGUAUCAGGCUGUGUAAGGCAAAAAGGCAACGCUACAAACAUAUGAAUAUGGAAGAUCUGGAAGUCCAGCUGAGUGAGUCCAUGGACUGCCGAAUGAGACUCGUUGUCACCGAUGGUGUGUUCAGUAUGGACGGUGACAUAUCACCACUCAGGGAGAUAGUAGCUUUGUCCAAGAAGUACGAUGCACUAGUCUUCAUCGAUGAGUGCCAUGCUACAGGAUUUCUGGGUGCGACAGGGCGGGGCACAGAAGAACACCUGGGUAUCGACGGCUCCAGUGAUAUCAUUAACUCCACCCUAGGAAAGGCACUCGGAGGGGCAGCUGGGGGCUACACCUGUGGUCCAAAGUCAUUGAUUGAUAUGCUGAGACAGAAAUCAAGGCCGUACCUCUUCUCAAACUCACUCCCUCCUCCCGUCGUAGCCUGUGCUUCCAAGGUGUUUGAUAUGAUUAUGAGAGACAAUUCACUUGUGUCCAAGGUGGACAGCAACACGCAGAGAUUCAGGAAACAUAUGAAGGACGCAGGAUUUAAAGUUUGGGGGUCGACGCAUCCCAUCUGCCCCAUAAUGCUUGGUGAUGCAAGUCUAGCUGGAAGAUUCGCAGAGGAGAUGCUGCAGAGAGGUAUCUACGUCAUCGGCUUUAGCUUUCCUGUAGUCCCUAAAGGUCUAGCCCGUAUCCGUGUUCAAAUCUCCGCAGCUCACACUGAGGCAGAGAUCGAUCAGUGCGCCCAGACAUUCUACGACGUCGGCAAGAAGCUUGGGGUCAUCUAACUCAAGCUCGGGGUCAUCUAAUUCAGCAAGGGCAAGGGAAAUAGUGCAGAGACAAUGUGAAUUAUAUUUUAAUACUGUCUGACAUGUGGUCAGGCAUAUGCUCCCGUGAUAAUUGCUCUGAGGUUUAUAUUUUCAUUAUAGAUGCAAGGUAAGGGCAAUACAGGUGCAAGUUGGUUCUAGUGUAAUUAGGGUUAUGGUUAGGUAUAGUUUUGUUACCUGUGUAUGCAUGUUUGUAAUUUGCCUUUUUACAGACUUGUAUCGAUCGGAUAUGAUUAUUUACAUCUGGGGACCGACCUUUACCCUCCCUGUCUUGAAGACAUGACCCAGUGUCGAACCAUAGCAAAAUAACACUUAGUUCCUAUAGGAAAUCUAUUUAUUCAGAUGGUCAUAUCUCAGCCAAUGCUUAACAUAUUCAAUUGGUUUUCGACAUUUGGACAUUAUUUUUAAUGCUCUUUCCGAAAAUGAAGUUCAAAUUGAGAUAGUCCAAAUAUAGAUUUUUAUGAUGUCACAGCUUCGGUACUCUAUUAGCAGUAGGGUGCUGUCUCAAUUUUUAGAAAGUGUAAUUUACAAAAAGCAAAGAAUAAUUAAGUGAAUGAAACUUGCAUGUGUAUUUGUGGUUUGAACAUGUAUAUAUGACAGGUACCAUUCACAUAUCUUUGAAGAAUGUUUAUUCUGCUAGUUACGGUAUAAUUUGGUUCCAUUUUUGCUUUGUUUUUAUUAGGUUGCGGGUGUUUUUUGGCAAUGUGCUAUGCUAUUAGUUUGUGCUUGUUCAAACUUAAGUCUUUCUUUCACCUUGUCAUGGGUAUAUACCGUGCAUUCGUCUAUUUAUUUUCAUUAUACAGGGUGUCCCGUUAUGCAGCUAUAUACUCUCAACUUUUUGAAUAUUUGUGCAAAUCCUUUUAUUUAUCAUGUUAAACUUAUUUCACCGCUGAUACAAUAGUUAUAUAGUUAUUCAGCUAUAUACUCUCAACUUUCUGACUAUUUGUGCUUAUCCUUUUAUUUAUCAUCUUAAACUUAUUUAACUGUUGAUACAAUACCAGGGUAGCUAAAGCGAAAUGCAGUGGCAUAAAAAAGAGGCGUUAGGAAACACAAAAAAGAGGCGUUCGGAACAAGACGCGUUCAGAACACAAGAAGAUGCGUUCAGAACACCAAAAGACACAUUC